UUAUGCUCUCACCAGAAUUCGACUCGAUAACCUGCCUCACCAUUCAAGGAUCUAAGAAGACACAGUUCAGAUGCAGGAGAGAAUGAUGUCACUCAACAGCUCUGUAAGAGGUUCAGGGGAGGAGCCAGACCCGGCUCGAGAGGAGAGGUCAGGCCGUGUGCGGGAGGUUGGAAGUCAGGCCGUCUGGUCGUUGUCAUCAUGCAAGCCAGGAUUUGGAGUGGAACAGCUGCGCGAUGACUGCCUCGACACUUACUGGCAAUCAGAUGGUCCGCAGCCCCACCUAGUCAACAUACAGUUCCGCCGCAAGACCACCAUACAGGAUGUGUGGAUUUAUGCCGAUUACAAAGCUGAUGAGAGUUAUACUCCCAGCAGAAUAUCGAUCCGCUGUGGGACACACUUCAAUGACCUCCAAGAGAUUGAAGUGGUGGACCUGCAUGAACCAACUGGCUGGCUUCUCAUCCCUCUGAAGGACAUUCACGACCGUCCAGUGCGCACAUACAUGGUCCAGAUUGCCGUUCUCUCGAACCACCAGAACGGGCGGGACACGCAUAUGAGGCAGAUUAAGAUCCACUCUCCUGUGGAGGAUAGGGCCGUUGCGGUGGAUAGUGUGGGGGCCUUCACGUCACAGGCCUUCAAGCAGUAUAGUUGUAUCAGAUGAUGUUCUGGGUCCACUGGCUUUUACAGUAGUUGAAAGUUUGGCUGUGUAAUUUUGUGUGUGUGUGUUGUGUGUUUGUGUGUUUGUGUGUUUGUGUGUGGAUGGAAAGUAUGUACUUUAUUCUCUGUUUUUUUUCUUUCUUUUCAUUUUAUAUUAUGAGUUGUACCACAUUCCCCUUUCCUUCCCUUAUUAUUAUGAUUCUGUUUAUGAGAAAUUCAGAGCAUGGGUAUAGUCAGCAAUUACCAGACCUAACAACCAAAGCAUGUUAUUCUCUAUACAGCAGAAUAAACAAUCUGAAUCUCCCAUGAAUACCUACUGUGUACACUUCUUUCUGUGAGAGUUUUCCUCUUUUCUCUAUAAUAUGACAAGAUACUGUUUUAUUUUUAGCAUAUUGUGGAAAUUUAAGAAUCAACUCGGAAAUGGAACUUUCUUGUAUCAUUCCCAUAUCAUUUUUUUUCUAACUGGUAAUUUUAUGUACAUAUCUUUAAGUAUUUGAACAAAAGAGAAUUUUAGUUUAUGAUAUUACCUCUAAACAGAUAUCAAGUCAUAACAGUGUGAUCUUUUCAUUAGUUAUUCUAUUAACCUCUACCAAUAUAUGAUAGGAAGAGAAUUUAUAAAGUUUUCUUUAUUGAAAUUUUUAAAAGCUCUAAAUGAUUAUGUAAACUUGCAGGAAUUUAUGUAUUAUGACAUUUCUUUUGUUAAUAUCUAAUAUAAAAAGAUUACUGAUAAGAAAAAUAAAAUAUAACUGAAAGAACACUAAUACAAUUUAACAAACUUGUCAUAUACAUUUCAGUUACAGUGUACUGAAAGCAGGUUAGUUAAAAGAUACUAAAUAUCCUGUACAUCUUAUUUUUACUGUUCUAACUUCAGAAAAGAAUAAUGUUAUUAUUUCUUAACUCAGCUUUUAUUUAUCCCUUUAUAUAAUGGUGCUGUUAUACUUAUAAAAUAACUUAACACGAAUGGAAAAUAAAAGACACAGACAAUUCACAAUUUCAUAAUUAUUAUUCAUAUUCAUCACUCAAUUCACAGAAAACAGUGCAUUACAUUAAAUGAUAACACAACCAUAAAAAAAUUAAGGAGGAUGCAUGAACUGAAAUGAUGAACAGGAAGAGCAUAGCAGCUUUGGAGAUUACAAAAAUAUAAAUGUACAUCUCUUUAUUUCACAACUUCCUUUAGGGAUAUAACUUCCACCACAGAAAUUGACACGUGUCAAGAACUGGCACGUAUCCCUUUUCCUCUCUCUCUCUCUCUCUCUCUCUCUUUGUUUUUCUAAUCCAUCCUGUAAAAUAUAUUAUCUUUGUUGAAUAGUGAUAAGCACACUUUUUUAAGAAACUCUCUUUCUCUCUCUCUCAAAAAAAAAAAGUAUCAUUCACACACAACACACACACAAACAGCACGGACAUAUAAAAAAAAAAAAAUAAUAAUAAAAAAUAAAUAGAAAUAAAUAUCCCUAAAUGGUCAAAAACACGUGGAAUAAAUAUGGCAUAUCGGCAACAUGGCCAGCAAGAUGAUUACAGAGACGAUGCUCCCCUAAGACACUAAUCAGACUGCUCCCCUCUUGCAUCUUGAAAUAUUGCCAUAUACAAUGCAGUUUUGGGGGAGAGGAGGGGGCUGAGGGGGCGGUUCUGGUUUGGUAAAAGUUGGAGGAAGAAA